AGUGGUUAGAGCUCAGUCUGUUGAAGUGGCCGGCUUUUGAACCAUGCCCCAGCCUGAGCCCCGGGACAGCUGAGUCCACAGAGAGAAGCUCCUCUUUUGGAAGCGGGGCCUUGCCUAAAGCCUUGUAUUGUGAUUUGCAGCCACAGGAAAGAAGCCACGGGAGUGGAAGGGAGCACUCCCGAAGACUGGGACAAAGAGAGACAGACAAGAGAGAUGAGUCCUGAGCACUGCAGCCUGGUGAAGACACAAUUCAAUACACACAUGAAACCAUAACUGCAGGAAAACACUCACCCACACACUACUGGUAACAAACAGCCUGUUGGUGGGAUCUGUGGAAAACGGUUCUGCUCACUACAAAGCCACAUCUGUAACUGCUGGAGGCCUGGAGGGAGUAGCAGUCCAUCUGUACAUCUAGCCAGACAGUGGCAAUGCAGCGGCUGAUGUGGAGCCUGUGCGCCCUGCUGUGCCUCUCACUUUGGGAGGAAAGUUACUGCAGGAGCUCCAGGGAAGCCCGGAGGACCAAAGAGCCUUCUCUUCACAGGAGUAAAAGAGCUCCUUUGGAUCCUGAUGCUAAAAAGUGUUCCUAUACCUUCCUGGUACCUGAGCAGAGAAUCACAGGUCCCAUCUGUGCCAGCACCACGGGCCCCGAGCCAGACAAGGACAGAGUGACCCGCAUGGAUAUUGCAGAUGUGCGGGAGGUGCUCAACAAACAGCGGCGCGAGAUUGAGACGCUGCAGCUGGUGGUAGACGUAGAUGGUAACUUGGUGAAUGAGAUGAAGCUGCUGCGGAAAGAGAGCAGGAACAUGAACUCCAGAGUGACCCAGCUCUAUAUGCAGCUGCUCCAUGAGAUCAUCAGGAAGAGGGACAACUCUCUGGAGCUGGCCCAGCUGGAAAACCGUGUCCUCAACGUGACCUCAGAGAUGAUGCGACUGGCCUCGAGGUACAAGGAGCUGGAGGGCCGAUUUGCCACAAUGGCCGGGGUGGUCAACAACCAGUCCAUUCUCAUCGCCGCGCUCGAGGAGCAGUGUCUGAGGACGCUGGGGCGUGGCGAGCUGCCCCCGGUUCCUCCGCUGGUGCAGGUGGUGCCUCAGAACAUACCGGUGAACAGCCGUUUCACCAACGAGAUACAGAGAGACAAUAACAACAGGGCCUUCUCCAGAGGAUCACGCAUGGACUCACCUACUGCGAACCCCUUUGGGAUUGAUCCUCCGCCACCACAGGGAACACUCACGUCUGACGGUCCUUUCAAGGACUGUUUCCAGGUGCGACAGGCUGGCCACACCACCAGCGGGAUGUACCUUCUUAAGACAGACAAAAGUGACCGACUGAUCCAAGUCUGGUGCGAACAUGGCCUCGACAACGGAGGAUGGACAGUAUUGCAAAGGAGGAAAGACGGCUCUGUUAACUUCUUUCGCAACUGGGAGACUUACAAGAAAGGCUUUGGCAACAUAGAUGGCGAACACUGGCUUGGGCUGGAGAAUAUCUACAACCUGGGGAAACAGGGUGAUUAUAAGCUGAUGAUAGAGCUGGAAGACUGGAAGGAGAAGAAGGUCUACGCCGAGUACAGCAGCUUCCACCUGGAGUCAGAGAGUGAGGGUUAUCGGCUGAGGCUGGGCACCUACCAGGGCAACGCUGGCGAUUCCUUCAGCAGUCACAACGGCAAACAGUUCACCACACUCGAUCGUGACAAGGACGCCUUUACUGGUAACUGUGCCCAUUUCCAUAAGGGUGGCUGGUGGUACAACGCCUGUGGUCAGACCAAUCUGAACGGCGUGUGGUACAGCGGGGGAGUUUACCGCAGCAAGUUUCAGGACGGAAUCUUCUGGGCAGAUUACGGAGGAGGUUUCUACUCCCUCAAGUCUGUCCGCCUCCUGAUACGACCAAUUGACUGAAACCCUGGCCUGUGGCUCCAUUCAAAUGCACCUCAGCCCCCGACAUUAUCAUUUUCUUCCCAUAAAUAAAUACUGUAAUGGCAGAAUUGGGAAUCUCUGUCAUUGUUCAACUGCCCCUUGUAAUAACACAAAGAAGAGACAGACACGUGUUUGCAGCCAGGCGAUAAAAACUCCAGCAGUCUGCACCGUGACUAGUUGACUCCAACGCUGAAACGAAGACCGAUGCCAUUGCCCUCCCUAAGUACUUAUUAGUUUGGACAGUAAUGGUCCAUCAAGUUCCCCUGGGCCAUUCAGCAUUACUCUCCUGUGUGCCAUUUUACCCACUCUUCUUCAGUAUGUUAUAGAGGGAAAUAUUAAUUUACUAUAAGAUACAAGAUUUCUUCUGAGCAGCUAUUGGUGUCAUUGAAAGAAACACUACUUUCAUUAUAUCAUGGGGCAUUGGAUAUACUUGGAUGUUUAACUUCACUAGCAUGGAAAAUGAUGCAAUGUAAAGCUGUUAGAAUACUGACAACCGAGUAAUGAGGUGACAGGCCUUGCUCAGCCUACUGUCUACGUCUUUCUGGGAUUUUCUGGAUAUCUGGGGUUUCCUACAACUCCAAACGGAAAGUGAACUCAUACAACAAUGUGCUUGUCCGAUGUGCAUAUGGUUGAGAUGGCUCUGGUAUGUAAAUAUCUUUGGCUUUAUUUGUGAAAGUUAAUUUAAGAGGUGUGAUUCUACUCAGGCCAAAUGUUCACAAUGUUGUCACUCUGCCAUUCUUUGUUAUUUAUCUGUGUAUUUAUAGUAAGUAUAGCCAUGGUCAUUCUAUAUAUAGCCUUAUACCAAUGCAAUUCUUCAUAGUUUGUUUUUUUUUUUUAAUCACACAUAGAGAUGCAUUAGUAAAACUUGAACAGAAGCAAACACACAGAUAGCAGACGAAUCCAGAGCGGAUGUUGAGUUGCCUUGAGGGUGGAGAACAUGUGACAUGCACUGCCAGCCAUUCAAGAAAAAUAAAGUCUCCUAUAAACAUUAAA